AGUUUUAUUCUUUGUAUUGGUCUUUGUUCCGGUUGUUCUAAAAUGUUUGAUAAUAAUAAUUAUAUUGUUGAAGAUAAUAUCCUUAAGCCGACAAAGAAAGUGUUUGUGGAUAAAGUAACUCUAUCGCAGUUAUCAAAGAAUGUACCAUCAAUUAGUGAAUUUUAUGCUGACCAAAACAUUCUGGUUACUGGCGGUACUGGCUUUAUGGGCAAAGUUUUAAUUGAAAAAUUACUCCGUUCAUGUCCAAAAAUUAAGGGGAUUUAUUUAUUAUUGCGUUCGAAGAAAAAUUAUACGGAUGAAGAAAGAUUAAAUAAAAUGUUUAAUAUACCUUUAUUUGACAGAUUAAAAGCAGAAUACCCGGAAUCAUUAUCAAAAGUAAAAGUAAUUAAAGGAGAUAUCCGCGAACUAGAAUGUGGUUUAUCUGAUUCUGAUUUGGAAUUUAUAAUUCAUGAAAUAAAUAUUGUAUUCCAUGUGGCAGCAUCUGUUCGAUUUGAUGAUUCUUUGAAGGAAGCUAUUUUAAUUAACACACGAGGAACUAGAGAAAUGUUAAAAAUACUUAAACAAAUGCAAAAUUUAAAGGUUUUCCUAUAUACGUCAACCACUUAUUGUAAUGUCGAUAAAGACGUGGACGCAAUCGAAGAAAAGGUUUAUAACUCAACAACGGAUUGGAAAACUAUGAUUAAAGCAGCUGAAAUUAUGGAUGAAAAUGUGCUCAAUAUUCUUGAACAAAAAAUUUUAAAUAAAUAUCCGAAUACGUAUACCUUUUCCAAAAAUCUUGCCGAAGAACUUGUUUUUGAAAGUUGUGAAGAUGUAUCAACAGUUAUUUUUCGUCCUACAGUCGUGAUUGGUUCGGAGAAGGAACCAAUGCCGGGAUGGGUUGAUAACUACAAUGGACCAAUGGGUCUACUUACAGGAAUUAUGGCUGGCGUAAUUCAUGCAGUGUAUGCAAACGGUGAUACGAAGGUAGAUUGGGUGCCUGUUGACAUAGCAAUAAAAGGAAUGAUAACGUCAGCAUGGUACAAAGCUUUAGAACAAACUAAUCGUAACAAAUGCUUAGUAAUUAACUCAUCAACCAGUGAUUUUAUAAAGAUUACCAAUGGGUUGUUUAAUAAUGUCGGUUCCAGUAUAAUAUUAAAAAAUCCAACAAAUCAACUAUUAUGGUAUCCAUUUUGUGUCUAUACGCCAAAUAAAUAUUUGUAUUGGCUUUAUUUUGUAUCACUACACUUGGUUCCAGCAAUAUUUUUAAGUGUUUUAUUGAAAAUAAGCAAUCAGAGAUUAAAUUUAUUUAAAUUAUAUCGCCGAGUAUUUUAUUCAAAUAUGAAGCUUGCACCGUUCACAUUAAAUGAAUGGAUAUUUGAAAAUGAUAAUUUUAAAUCUUUGCAUGCAAUAUUGAAACCAGAGGAUGUUGAUAAGUUCUCGGUAGAUUAUUCUGGAUAUAUAAUUUCGGAUCAAAUGAAAAUACAAAGAGAUGGCACAAUACGGUAUUUAUUAAAAGAUAAAAACUUUUCAGAAGAAACGUUUAACAAACGAAUGUUUAAUUUAAAAAUAAAAUACUAUCUGCAUAUUGCGAUAAUUAGUCUUUUAAUUAUUGGUUCUCUUUUAGUCUUGAAUCUUAAUGGUAGAUUUAUGUAUAAACGUUACUUUUAGAUAACGAAUAAAAUUAAUAGUUAAAAUUAA